UGCCUGCGGUGACACCCUCCCUCUGCAGCGAUGCCGGGGGUGCAGCUCCCCCUCGCUUUGUCAUCGCUCCGUUGCCGUGCCAACGCGCUGGCCGUGUCCCUGCUCAGACAUUGUCACCGCUGGGCCUGGCACAGGCAGCACCACCCGGCACCCACAGCACCAUGGGUCCGUCUGCCACAGCUGGCAGGGGGCUCCUCCCCAGAGGCAGUGCAGCGGGGCUGGGGCAGAGUGGGGACGUUGGACCCUGGGACUAGGACCAGCUGGCUCUGGGUGACAGGGAAAAGGAGAGGUGGCUGUGACAGUGGUGGAGGUGGCUCUAAUCCAUCGAGGGAUAACCCAGCACAAAGCACAACGCAGGCUGCCAUGGACGGGGCCCCGCCGCCCACCAGCCCCACCGGGCUCUCGGCGUACGUGGCCGUGUCGCAGCUGCUGGGCCUGACGCUCCUGGCCACCACAGGUGCCUGGCUGGGCCGCUACCGGGGCGGCGUGGCCUGGCACAGCCCCCUCCAGUUCAACGCCCACCCCCUGUGCAUGGUGCUGGGCAUGGUGUUCCUCCAAGGUGACGCUCUCCUCGUGUACCGGGUGUUCAGGCACGAAGCCAAGCGCUCCACCAAGGCGCUGCACGCGCUGCUCCACGGCCUGGCACUGGUCAUCGCCCUCGUGGGCAUCAUCGCUGUCUUUGAGUCGCACCGCACCAAGGGCAUCCCCAACAUGUACAGCCUGCACUCCUGGUGUGGCAUGGCUGCCUUUGUGCUCUACCUCCUGCAGUGGCUCCUGGGCUGUGGUUUCUUUCUGUUCCCUGGUGCCUCCUUCUCAGUGAGAGGACAGUACAAGCCCCAGCACAUCUUCUUUGGCAUCACCCUCUUCAUCCUCUCCAUCACGUCCUGCUUGUUGGGCAUCACUGAGAUGCUCCUCUUCAAAAUCAGUGAUUCCUAUAGCCACUUUGUGCCCGAGGGCAUCCUGGCCAACACCCUGGGGGUGCUGCUGGUGGCCUUCGGGCUGGUGGUGUGCUACGUGCUGACACGGGAGGAGUGGAAGCGCCCGCCACUGGCCGAGGAGAUGGCCUUGUCCAUGGACUUCAAGACCCUGACAGAGGGCGAGAGCCCCAGUGGUGGCAGCCAGUGACAUCCCCAGCUCCUGGUCUCCGGCACGGGCUCCUUGUGACGUCUGAAAUGUUCCUGUGCACCCUGUCCCUGGUGGUUUGCAUCUCUGCCCAGCCCUGGGUGACGACAACAGCUGGGGAAGGACACGCUUGGUGCAAUGAUGCCCUCUGGACUCAGCCUUGCUUGGCCUUAAUCAUCCUUAGCUCUCCCCUCCCCAGCCCCUGGCGACCCCCAAACGCGUCCCAGUUCUGUGGGAAUGGCAGUGCUGUGGGCAGGGCAGGGGCUGGCAGGGGUAUGAAGGAGAGGGGUCUCCAGGCUCUUCUCUCCUCUGGUGACAGGGAGUGGGAGCACAGAUUUCCACCCUGUGGGCAGCCAAAGCCUAUGGCCUGUUCCCAGUGGGCAGAGGGGAUGUUUGCCCCCCCUGGGAUGUCCCACUCACUGGCAGCCCCUCACCCUCCAGCAUGGCCACUUGUGGGGGACGCUCCCCUAAAGGGCUCUCCAGGAGCGACCCUAUGCUUGUGCAGGUUCGGCAGCUUCGUGUCUGAAGUGUUUUCUCCCCAUGCAUGAUGUGUUUGCUCAGUGAAUGCUCCCAACCUAAUAAAUGUUUGCAGCUAA